AUGAAGGUGACGACACUCGUCUUGUUUUCAACCGUCGUUACGGCCUCCACGCUGCCUCGAAACUCCGCCAAGGCUCCUCGACCUAGCUAUAACUUUGUCGGAAGAGUCAACCCGGCGACCAAGGAGCUUACAUGGCCGAGCACUGGCGUGUCAUUCAUGUUCGACGGGACAAAGGCCACUAUCGGUAUUAAAAUCGUGACCGGGACCUCCAGUGUUGAUCUAAUAAUCGACGGUGGCGACCCAAUUCUCAUUGGAAACGUGAACGGAACCUCAAUCUCGACACCAGCUCUGCCAAAGGGAACACACACUGUCGAGUUACGUAAACGAUCCGAGAGUUCCUUGGGUAGUUUUUACAUCACUGAUGUCGACACCGAUGGCAUUCUAAUACCUACCACGAUGCCAAAACGAAAGAUUGAGAUUAUUGGCGACUCCAUCUCAGUCGGAUACGGCCUCGAUGGUGUUCUACCUUGCACUGACUCGGCCAUUCUGCAAAAUAACGGAAAGACGUACGGCGCUGUGGCAGCUCGUGCUUUGGGUGCAGACUAUAGUGUCAUCGCCUGGAGCGGCAAGGGCUUGAUCCGUAACUAUGCCUCGACCCCUCCUGACCCCCUGCCGCCCAUGCCAGUCCUCUACACACGCUACGGCGCCAACGACAGAGAUAACAGUUUCUCGUUUCCCAAGUCGUGGCGACCAGAUGCUGUAGUGAUCAACCUCGGCACAAACGACUUCAGCUAUCUAGGUGUGCGUGAUCCUGUCGAUCCAGCGGACCUUACGAAAGCGCUGGUUGCGUUUGUGAGGAGCAUACACUCUCACUACCCAAAAGCCCACUUCUUCUUUGUCUCUUCCCCAAUGCUUAGCGACAACUACCCCUCGGAGGCUGAUGCUCAGAAAUCCACAUCUGUACAGAUGCUAAAGAACGCGAUACGGCAACUCCAUGGUGUAAGAACCCAUUUGGUUGAUUGGCCUUCACAAGGGUCAGAAGUUGGCUGUGAUUACCAUCCAAAUGAAGCCACUCAACUUCAGGGCGGUGCAUUGCUCGAGGCAUCAAUCAAGCUAGCCCUAGGAUGGUAG